GAGUGUGCCUCCUUUUCGGCAGCGGCUACUUCCUCGCCAACAUGCCACUCGCAAAAGACUUGCUGCACCCAUCCCCUGAGGAGGAGAAGAGGAGGCACAAGAAGAAGCGUCUCGUUCAGAGUCCCAACUCUUAUUUCAUGGACGUGAAAUGUCCAGGAUGCUACAAGAUUACGACCGUGUUCAGCCAUGCCCAGACAGUCGUACUGUGUGUGGGCUGCUCAACAGUCCUCUGUCAGCCCACUGGAGGCAAAGCACGUCUCACAGAGGGGUGCUCAUUCAGGAGAAAGCAGCACUAGCUGUUUUUUUUUCCUUCCUGGGGACAAAUGGAAGAGGAGGGGUUGGAAUGGUUGAUACCAGCGUCUUCUGUCCCGACAUGGCAGCCACUGUUUCACCCAGCAUCCAGACGAUUGAUCCGAAAAAAGACCCAAUAACUGACUGGACAGCACAUGAAUUUUGCUGCUUUUCGUUUGACAUCAGUUGUUGCUGUAAACAGCCUUCCAACCCUGUCUCUUGUAAUAAAAUAUUGUUUUAGCUAAA